AUGGAUGGUAAAUUGGAUGGUAUGGCAUUCUUCAUUGGUUCGACGGCCCAUGGAUUUGUAAUUGAAGACAAGGACAAAAUGAUGGAGAAUGUGAAGCCCAAUUCUAUCUAUUUCACGGACCGAAAGGAACUCACUUCAGAACCUUAUGAUGAUUAUAAUAAACCUACUAGAACAUUAUGCGGUGGCCACGAUCUAGAUUACGAAGAUCUUGGAGACCAGACGUAUGAAUUUCCUUUUUGCGGUGCAAUGAUGUGGUACGGUAAAAGGAGUGACAAGCAAGGCCCAAAUUUAGCCUAUGUUACAUCUAUUAAUAGCAUAGUUGGUAUGUACACAUUUCCAUUACACGGCCAAAAUUACUAUCUAUUGGGCAGUUUAUUGCCGGAGGAAAGCACGAGGCCUAAGUUUGCUCAGCUUUACAUUUUAGACAUAAAGAAUGAAAUUCAAAAUAGAAUUGAUGUCGUAAGGUCAGGAAACCAAUCUAACGAUCUUGACCCACACAUCGUAGCAUCGUUGAAAGAUAUGAUUGAUGGUAACAAUGGUGUUAGGGACAUUGUCGUUGAGACACGCUCGAAUAAGCUUCAACGAAUCAGUGAGCUCCAUCCUCAUUACCUUCCUCUACAGUAUCCUCUUUUGUUUCCUUACGGGGAAGAUGAUUAUCCAGACGAUAUAAGUUUGAGAGAAUCUUCGCUUGCGGAUAAUAGAAAACGGAGGAAGGAUGGAAUUAGGGUUGACAUGUACAAGGGUAUCGAAGACAAAAUUUUUAAAGAAGACACCGAGGGUAAAUCGAUUGGACAACACAUUAUAAUUUCAGGGUCGUUCACCGCAGGUCCAAGAUAUAUGUUUAACAACUUCGUUGAUGCUCUUCAAAUAUAUAAUUGGAUUGGAUUUCGAACUCUCUUCAUCGGCAAUCCUCGAUGGCCUGAAAUACAAAGGACGUUUGCACUAUUGAAUUUCAGAAAACGAGAUCUACCGCAUGCACAUAUUUUGUUGUGGUUGCAUAAUGAUGACAACGCCAAGACCCCAGAAAAAAUUGAUAGGAUUAUAUGUGCUGAAAUUCCUAAGGAAGAAAUCGACAGAAAUAUGUACCAGUUGGUGGAGAAGUAUAUGAUACAUGGACCGUACGGUCAGAAGAAUUUGAAAUCUCUCUGUAUGAAGGAUCGAGUUUGCACGAAGCGAUUUACCAAGCCAUUUGUGCAGCAAACUAAGUUAGAUGCAAAUGGUUAUACUGUGUACAGGAGAUGGGAAGAUGGCAGAACAGUUAUGAAGAAAAAGACUACUCUUGACAAUGAGUUUGUAGUUCCGUACAAUCGGAGCCAUGAUCGAGUUAUGGCGGCAUUUUAUGAAACACGCAAUACUGAUUGCGGUGCUGAGAUUCGUGGCGAGAUAAAGAUGUACUACGACUGCAGAUAUCUGCCGGCAUGUGAGGCAAUGUGGAGGCUGUUUAAUUUUGAUAUUCAUUACAGAGACCCAUAUGGACUUGAGAAUUACGGAGAUUUUCCACAGCAGUUUGUGUAUAAAGAGGAUUCUCGCACUUGGGCGCCAAGAAAAAAAAGAUUUUCUAUUGGUAGGAUUGUGAAUGUUCCCCCUAGAAAGGGGGAAGACUAUUACCUUAGGUUGCUACUUAAGAUUCAAAGUAGUUGCACGUGUUACGAGGACAUCAGAAAAGUUGCUGGCUACGUCUACCCUAAGUUCCAGGAUGCAUGUUAUGUGUUGGGUUUGUUAGACGACAAAGAAUACAUAGAUGCGAUAAGAGAAGUGAAUGCUUGGGCAUCUAGGGAUUAUAUAAGGAGGUUAUUUGCGGUUAUGCUGCUUUCCAAUAGCUUAAGCCAACCCGAACAUGUUUGGCGAAGUUGUUGGUCAGAUUUGGCGGAGGGUAUUGCUUACAAACAACAACGGCUUCAUAAUAAUCCAGAUUUAUCUAUAUCGGAUGAAAGCUUGAUGAACUGUACUCUCACUGAUAUAGAGAAAAUAUUGCAAAGUAAUGGCAACAGUCUACGUAAUUACGCGCCCAUGCCAUUUCCAACCGAAUUCGCGAUGGAAGACACAGUAGACAAAUCGUCUGGAGGUAAGGUGGUUGUUCUUGGAGGAGAUUUUAGCCAGAUUUUACCUGCUGUACUCAAAGCAUCAAGGCAUGACAUAGUACAUGCUAUGGUAAACUCCUCUCUGUUGUGGAAUUUCUGUCUUGUCCUGAAGUUGAGUAAGAACAUGAGAUUGCAGUCAUGUUAUUCUCCACCUAACGUGGACGAGGUAAGAGAAUUUGGAGACUGGAUACUGAAGAUUCCCGAUGACAUGCUGAUUGGUGCUUCAGAAGAUCCAUUCAGAGACCUACUGAGUUUCGUAUAUCCCGAUUUGUUGAGUGAGGAGAAGUUGUACAUGAGCUCAGAUAGUAUGUAUAGGGACGAGCAAACAACGGAAGAUAAUGAAGAAAUCUAUUCGACUGAAUUCCUGAACACAAUAAGAUGCUCGGGAGUUUCUUCUCAUGUCUUGAAGUUCAAGGUCGGUGCACCAAUUAUGCUAAUAAGAAACAUCGAUCAAGCUAGAGAAUUAGUUAAGAGCACAGGUGGCAUUAAGAUAUUCAUCAAGUGGAAUUCGGGUGAACUCACCAAUGUGACUAGAAAUGUCGUAUACAAGGAAGUAGUCAUUGAAUUUGAAGAGAUCCAGAAAUCCUCUCUAAGGCACCUCCGCCACCACCUCCGCCUCCAAGAUCGUCACCUCCACCUAGACCUCGACCGGCACCACCUCCGCCUCCAAGGGUGCGACACUCGAUUUAGGAGUGAAGCCAAGUAA